AUGUAUAGAAAGAACAAAGGAAUAAUUCAGUUAGAAAAUCACAAUUUUCCAACUAUAGUAGUAAAACGUGAUUCAGAAAAAUCAAGAGGCAUAGAGUUGGUGGGGUGGGAUGAACCGUGCUCCCAGUGGAAGCAGAGGAGCCCAGCGGGAACCAUGGUAGUUCCCAUGGUAGCGGGAACCAGUACAGUGGUAGUAGCUGGACUGACCAUUGCUGCUGCAGGAUUUGCAGGCUGUUACGCUUUGCAAGCCAUGAAGCAUAUGGAGCCUCAAGCAAAACAAGUUUUUCAAAGUCUACCGAAAUCUGCCUUCAGCGGUGGCUAUUACAGAGGUGGGUUUGAACCCAAAAUGACAAAAUGGGAAGCAGCAUUAAUACUAGGUGUAAGCCCUACUGCCAAUAAGGGAAAAAUAAGAGAUGCUCAUAGGCGAAUUAUGCUUUUAAAUCACCCAGACAAGGGAGGAUCUCCUUAUAUAGCAGCCAAAAUCAAUGAAGCUAAAGAUUUACUAGAAGGUCAAGCUAAAAAAUGAAGUAAAUGUAUGAUGAAUUUUAAGUUCCUACUCAUUUAUGUAUAUGAGUACCAGCUUUUUAUAAUAAAAUGCCUCA